AUGAGCGUGAGUGGGUCGCCUCGACCGGGGACCCGGCGGAAGAAAAAGUUGACCCGCGGUGGUGCCGGGAGUGACAGCGUAGCCUCGUCCAUCUCCUCCUUCUCUAUCCCGAUGUUGGACCUUCUCAAGCCCAAUAUCGGCCUGAACCUAAACAAGAUGGAGCGGAAUGCCUCCUUUCCGGCCACCAAGGAGAACCAGCAGCUCCGCGACUCCAUCGCGCUCGCCGAUUCCCGCCGCUGCAUGUCCGAAAGCGAAGUGGAUGUGGAUUCCGAGGCAUUAUCGUACCAGAACAACACGGAGAGUUCGUCGAAUUCCAGCCUCUCUACGAGGUACGGGAGCCUGGAUAGUCCAUCCAACUCCCUGGAGGCUGUCUCUGGUGUGAAAAAUUCAGGAUCUUCAUUGGGUGAUUCUUCUAGUUUUGCAUCAUUCCCAUCAGCACGUAGUGCACUCCAGGACUCUGACCUGGAAGCAGAGCCUGAUCCACCUGACUGGACUCGGAAUGUGGAUCCGGCUGUGAUUGCCUCUCUAUCUGAUAUAGAGAAGAAGCGGCAGGAGGUUCUGAAUGGUAAGCAGAAGAAUGUUGUUGAAUUGGUUUGA